AUGUUGAAAACCUUUACAGGGUUUCGUAACGCGAACAGCCAAAUAUCAGCCUCCCUCACUUCCAACGGAAAAUACGCAGUCUCCGCGAGUGAGGACUCAUAUGUUUACGUGUGGAGACAUGAAGCCGAGUCCCGACCAAACAGAACCAAAGGUGUGACGGUGACACAAUCUUACGAGUUUUUUCACUGUCAAGAUGUAUCUGUGGCAAUCCCUUGGCCUGGCUCGUCAGACAAGUGGGCCCUCCAGGAAUGUCCUGCUGGAGGACGCAAUGGUACUUAUACCCAGUAUAAUGAAUACCAUCCCACUACACCAGCUGGGGAGACCAACUGCAGUGAAGGCCGGUCAUUAGAGUCCCUACGCACUAAUAGCCCUCUCAAUGCACAUUUAUCUUGUGCCUCAAACGGCUACUUUUUCGAUAAAAUCUCCAUGACAUGGCCUGAGGAGAAACUCCUCUCGGCUACUGCCAAGAACGCAAGUCUUAGUGUGGACUUUUCAAAUGGGUUGUAUCAGAACAGGUCCGCGUGGGGUAUGGUUAUAGUAACUGCAGGCCUCAAAGGUGAAAUCAAGAUAUUCCAGAAUUUUGGGACACCCUUGCGGAUUUGA